GCGGGCUGAUGUCUGCGGUUUAUGGUCACGUUGCCUUGAUGUCUGCUUUUUAGGCAGCCUUUGGUCUACGACUAUGGCGCACAUGUAACGUUUACAAAUGUGAAAUCGUCGGUGAAAUACUCUGUGAAAUAACACAUUUUGUUAUAUCAAUAUUGAUAUAAUUAUACGGCCAUGGUUGAUAUGUGUAACGUGAAUAUGUGUGAAAUGUGAAUAUACUUUAUGUAAUAUGUGAAGAAGAUCAUAGCCUUGAUUAUAUCAAUAGAUAUCGUGGUGACGAGUAUCUUGAAGAGUUUUGGUGACAGUGUUGGUGACAAGUCAAAGAAAUUAUUCCUGCUCAUCAUGCCAAAACUGAGGGACAGAGGAUCGCUAUCUGCGCCCAGACUGGAACAUGAGGUGGAAAGUGCGAGCACUGGAACUGGCGGGAUAGCGCGAUGGAGUAGGCAGGAGGCGGACGCUUUGGUCAGUGCCAUCAAGAAGUAUGGCACUGCUUCAUUGGACCAGUUGCAGAAGGCUGUUCCCCGCCGCUCUCUAGAUCAGGUCCGGGCCCGGCUGAAGCACGUGCGCCGGCUGAGCCGGUCGACGCCGCCGGCGGCGAGCUGCGGCUCCCUGGACGACUGGCUGGGCCGCAUCAGCCGCGCCCUGCCGGUGCGGCCGGGCGGCGGCUUCGGGCCGCGCCGGGACCUGGCCGCCCUCUCGGUGCCGCUGCAGCUGGCCGCCGCCGGGGAGCGCGACCAGGCCGCCCUCCACCAGCGCCAGGACUUCAGCGAGGUCUACUCCUACCUGGCCCACCUCGUCAACGGCACGAUCCCGCCCCAGCCGAGCGCGGCCACCAGCGGCCGGCUGCUCACGCUGAUGCAGCACCUGGCGGCGCUUCUGCAGAGCGUCCACCUGGACCGUCACCGUCAGUGGCUGUGGCAGAACGAGCGCAUCCGGCGGCUCGAGCAGGCCUGGGUCGGCGCCGAGGAGGCGGAGUCGGGCGCGCCGGCGCCGCGGCAGCUGACCGACCUGUCGCUGGUGCCGGCCGAGCUGCGCGGCGCACUGGCGCACCUGGCCGCCGCGCCCGCCAACUGUCUGCACAUCCCGCCGGCGCUGCUGCUCAGCCCGCUGUCGGUCAAACUGCGCGAGCGCGUGGGCGCCCAGCAGCACCCGCUGCUCGGCCAGCCGAUGCACGAGCUGCUGGCGCACGCCGACCUGCGUGGCUGGCCCGCCGGCGCCCUCUACGAGAGCGCUAGUGAACAGCGCAAGAGAGAGGGAACAUACUUGAAGAAGAAGAAGAAGGGGACGUUGGCGGCUCAGGCACCUGCCUCCAGCGCAUGUGCCCAGACAUCUACCCAGACAUCUACCCAGACAUCCACCCAGACAUCCACCCAGACAUCUACCCAGACAUCCACCCAGCCAGCCGGCCAGAGACCCGUGGAGGCAGCUUUACAGCCCGCUCAACAAACACCUACACAGCCAGUGGUACAGAGAUCUGCGGAGUCACCUGCCGCGCAGCCAGCUGCCCCCACACCUGGGCGGAUAUCUGCCGAGGAGUCUGUGGCCGCCACCCGUCCGGAGCAGCGGUCAGAGCUGGGGCUGGCGGCCCCGGGAACCUGCGAGCCGUGCCUUGCCGACCCCUGCGGCAGCAUCUCCUCCCGUGGAGGGUCUCCUGCUGGCCCGCCCGCGGUCGCGUCUGAUCAGGCAGGAGUCGCCGCGGCGCCCUCCUUCCGUCCGUUCGCCACCCGAGCCGCGGGCGCCCCGCGCACCUACUCACGAAAACGCCCGCUGCCGCAGCAGUGAGGCGGCCACCGGCGCGGCGCGGCCUCGAGCUGACCCGAGCUCGGCCCCGUGGUGACAUGCGAGUGGAGGGUGUGUCACUGAGGCGGACUCAGAAAACAGUCUGAGCUUGGAUUAUCGGAGAUGGGGGGAUGUCUUGUUACCUACGUGAGAGACCCCUGGAUAGUCAUUCACGGAACAACACGUGAAAUCUGAUGGCCAAUAGUUGCAAACCAAAAUGGUAAUUAAAAUCUAAAUCUUUUUCUUUAUCAUUUUUUAUUUUUUAUCAUUUUGGUUUGCAACUAUUGGCCAUCAUAUUUUAUAAAUAUGUCUAACAAUACCGAACAACACGUGACUUGGGCAGCGCAUACCGCCCUCGUGGCUCAGAAUAGGAUAAGUGCACUUCAGGAGUCUGAUCUGAUUGUUUUUGCGUUCUCUCGGCGAGUGUGUGGUCAAAGCAUCUGGCUGUUCCGCGGAGUGGUGGUAUUAGCGGCGCUCUGGGCCGGCGGACAGUGCCGUUGAUCGUCUGUAUCAGGUGCGGCGCUGUGAUAGGGCUGUUCGCAGCGCCGGGACCGUGGCCGGCGUGUGGAUCUGUCGGGGGGGGGGGGGGGGAUCGACACGGGUCGCCGGCCGGCAGCGGGUGAUGGGCCAGUGCCGCGGCGGCCGGCCGUAUUAGGCGGGCUCUCGGAGACUGACCGAGAGCUAACGGAACGGCCAGUGUCAUUGAUCUCAGCCGCACGUCACUGCCGCCUUCAGGCCCGGCGUCUGUCGAGAAUGGGGUGUGUCUGCUUCGAACGGCGCCGCCACUCACGGGUGUCUGUGAUAAAACCCGCCCGCUACUGCAGCGCAGCCGACGGGUGCCCAAUGUGAACGACUGAAGUCUGGUGUUAACUGUGCGGCAGUCUGUGAUUUGGACCGUGCUCCGCGUCCCAGGCAGAGCGCCGGGGACCUGUCUGAUGUGAUACACGAUACCUGCCGGCAAGACCGAUUUAGUGUCCGCCACCGCCUUCUAGGAACACUGAGACUGGUGCGGCGUUUUCCGGUCUGUCAACCUGUGUUUGGUGACCUUCUCGCUUUUGAUCUUCUCCGCACGUUGUUGCUCGUGUGCUAGGCAGUCAGCUAGCCGCGUGACCGACUGCGUCACUAAGUGCCCUGUUUCAGUGUUCAGUAGGUAUGCCUUGUUUCGAGCUGUGUUAGAGCCAUUGUCAGGCUGUGACACCCAAACUGCCCCCGUGUCAGCCUGUUGCCUAGUGUGUGGGAUAGGCAGGUUGACGCACCUCUAUAGUGUAUCGCCUCUUUCGGGCAUUGUCCGUUCAUGUCGCGUUCUGAUGAGGCGGUAAUGCCGUGGACCGAGUGUGGUUCCGUAAUGUUCAUUUGUAGUCUGAUCAUUGAGCCUUGUGUCAUACCUCGCUGAAAAUAAAGUCAAGAAGCAACGU